CGGCGAAAUAUUUAACAUUCUCACCGGGGAAGGAACAAUUGGUUCCUUUCACUGAUUCUCGCGUCGAGGUGCCGGACUGCUCCGCGAUGGCUCUGUACGAGUAUGUCACCCAGGAGCAGCUUGCAGGCUUCGACAAAUACAAGUACAGCGCCGUGGACUCCAAUCCGCUGUCCGUUUACAUAAUGCACCCUUUCUGGAACUUUGUUGUCAAGUUUCUGCCUACGUGGUUGGCUCCAAACCUCAUCACCUUCACUGGCUUCAUGUUCCUCGUGGUAAACUUCCUCAUGUUGGCCUUUUAUGACUUUGACUUCAAUGCCUCGGCCCUUGGCCACCAACACGUGCCUAGCUGGGUUUGGGUCACCGCGGGAUUCUUCAACUUCUUGGCCUACACACUUGACGGCGUGGACGGCAAACAGGCCCGACGCACUAACUCCUCCACGCCACUGGGGGAGCUGUUUGACCACGGGCUGGAUAGCUGGGCGUGCAUCUUCUUCGUGGCCACAGUUUACUCCAUAUUUGGGCGCGGGGAGAGCGGUGUGGGCGUGACCACACUCUACUACAUCCUGUGGGUGGUGCUGUUCUCCUUUAUCCUGUCGCACUGGGAGAAAUACAACACGGGCAUCUUGUUUCUGCCUUGGGGAUACGACAUGAGCCAAGUGACCAUCUCCCUGGUCUAUGUGGUCACCUCAAUGGUCGGCGUAGAAACGUGGUACCAGCCAAUCCUGUUCCACUUCCUGUACAGAGACCUCUUCACCUUCAUGAUCAUUGCCUGUUCCUUCACUGUGACCUUACCCAUGAGCCUUUACAACGUCCUCAGGGCUCACCGCAGUAACUCGCUGAAGCACAGCAGCUUGUACGAAGCCCUGCUGCCCUUCCUCUCCCCCGUACUCCUCUUCAUCCUGUCAACCACAUGGGUGCUUUUUUCUCCAUCAAACAUCCUGGACUUGCAGCCCAGGGUCUUCUACCUCAUGGUGGGAACAGCCUUCGCCAACGUCACGUGUAAGCUGAUUGUGUGUCAGAUGAGUAAUACGCGUUGCCAAGCGCUCAGCUGGCUGCUGCUGCCCAUGGCUGCCGUGGUGGCACUCGCCGUGUCCGGCUUGGUAUCCAACGAGACACUGCUAUUGCACCUGUGGACGGCUACAGUUGUACUAGCGCACAUACACUAUGGCGUAUCAGUGGUUCAACAGCUAAGCGGCCACUUCGGCAUCUUGGCCUUCUCUCUAAAGAAGCCCAGCAGUGACUGACAGGAUGAAGAACGAAUCAGCCUGAAAGAAGCAGAGGUUUAGACUCCUCCCUCUUUCUCUCUGCUCAGCGACACGUCACUCUUGUCACCAUGGAAACCGACCAUGUGGAAAUUAACUGUGACCCCCCCACCACUCUUACCUGCUCCUGUAUACGUACUCAUACAUACAUACACACAUACAAACACACACACAAGCCACUCAACUCUUGUUUUUGUGAUUGGGUGAGCUCAGCGGCUCAGGCUUCCCUCAUUGGACGAUUAAUGCUGGUUGUUGAGCCAAUUAGGAGCCAGUGUUUCCUAGGGAAAUGUUUAAUAAAACACACAACAUAUUAGAAUGUAUAACAAGCCACAUUUUAAUGAAAUGUACUUAGUCAUUAAUGGAUACAGUAUUUGUGUAGGAAGCAAACAUGACCUAAAGAUAAUGUUUGGCAUUUCUUCUCUGCAACUCUUUUUGGUGACCUUUAACCCGGGCAAACCCUGACCAGCGUGACCUUGGACUUUUUUCAACUUGAGCUCCUCCCCCCUCUGAGGUGUCGUGUCUUCAUGCUGAUUCGUUCUUCCUUUUGUUUUUAUUUUGAGUCCCUGUUCUGUUGCCAAGGCGAUAGCGUUUUAAUGAAGAGUGCGUCCAAAAGCCGUACGACGGAGCGGACUCAUUCUGACAGAACAAGCCAAUGCACGGGACUUAAAAAAAACGCCUCUCGCCUCUUAUCUUGUUUUUUUUAUUUGACAUUUUUAUUAUAUUGUCAUGUUAACACAGAAUAUUUACUGUAUUUUGUCGUUAGCAGUGACUGCGCGCCCCCCGCUGACCAGAAUGUGAACUGACAAAAGUCUCUUGUGGCGCAAAGUCUGCUUGUGUUGAAGCCUGCAUGCGUUUAAAGCACAUCAACAGUAGAGGGCGCUGUGCAGGGAAGUGUACUAAUUGUGUGUGUGUGUGUGUGUGUGUGUGUUGCUAGCGAUUGUUGGUACUGUACAGAAAAGUCAUCUUUGUUUUCUUUUAAGUGUGUGUCUUGUCUCACCUCCGCGCUCAUGGUGGGUCAGAACCUGACCCUUUGUCUUGGUUGUGU